UCGAAAAUUCGAAAACGUCACACAUCAAAGUCAUUAUUUCAAACACUUCAUGUUCGGAAACAUCAUAAAGAUAUUAUCUUCGGUACUUCAAUAAUUUUAUUGGAUAAAAAGACUGAGGAUUUACAAAUAAAGUGAAAAAUUAUAGUAGAAGUCAAUGGUGUUGCUGUUGAUGGUUUCUAUUAAAAAAAACAACACAUUUACCAGAUUUAAAGAUGUCAGCAAAACCCAAAGCAACAAAGAUGGAAUGAAGGAGAAAGGAAAGGGAAAAUAUCAUUGAAAAAAUAAACAAGCAACUGAAAUACAACAAUGCUGAAAAUAUGGAAGAUGGAUUAGAAGAAAACGUUUUCAGGGAUAUUAAUGAGGUUUCCAAAUGUUAUGUGAAAGAAAAGAAUAAGUCAAGGGAACUUGUGACAAAUGAAAUGAAGUUUCUAAGACAAAAGUUAAAAGAAAAUAUUCGACCCGAAUUUUUCAGUAACUGGAAAGAAUUAUCAUACUGUGGUAAUCUGUUUUGGAGUGAUGAGUUUACAAACCACACAUUACAGGCACGAAAACGGGAGGAGGAGGAGAAGGAUAACAAAUUCACAGAAGCAAUGAAAAGAAAGACUGAGGAAAUGGUCACAAAAUUUAAAAAAAUGAAAGACAAAAUAGAAUGCUUGGAAGGUGAAAAUAAUGAUUUACAGUUCAAGGUUAAAAAUCAAGAACACAUUAAUACUCGGCAAAUGCUUGAAAUUGAAAGACUAUCAAGUGAAAAUGAGAGCUUGAAUAUACAAUACAAUGAGUUACAAAUACAGGAAAUUGAUGAACAAGAAAGACAGACAACAAAGUUCUAUGAUAAAAUCUCAAACCUACGCAAAGAGACACAAAAUCUACACGAAGAACAACAAGAAUUGGAGAAAAAAAUUACAGAUAAAGACAGAGAAAUUCGAGGCCUCAAAAAUGAAUUGAAGAAUGAUUCAAGGAAUAUGAAAGGUAAAGAAGAGGAAAUUUCUACAUUGAGGAAAGAAAUUAAUGCUAUAAUGGAAGAAAGACAAGACCUAAUUGAAAAGAUCAAGAAAAUGAAAGAACAGAUGAGACAAAAGGAUGAGAAGAAGGAACAAGAAAUUAGACAACUAACUGAGAAAAUAAACAUUCUGGAUAAAAAGUCUAAGGAAAAACAAGAAAUGCUCCAUGAUUGUGAAGAAGGCAAGAAGGAUCUAAGUGACAGGAUUAAGGAGUUGGAGAACCAAAUCAAAGCUAUAGAAAAGUACAUUAACGAGCUAAAGAUUGAUGCAGAGAAAACUAUAGAAAAAAUACAACACAAUGAACAAUUGAGGCAAACAAGCUACAAAAAUAGUGAAUUUGACACUACCACCACUCUGGAGAUGAGAGAAAGGGAUGAGAAGAAGGUAGAAGACAUAAAAAAAUUAAUGGAGCAAAUAAGGAAUCUGUGUCUGGAUGAAAAGCAUGUUUGUGAAGAAGACAAGAAGGAAACGAUUAAGAAAUUGGAGGACCAGAUAACAGAUAUAGUACGAACAAGCCAAAUGGCCGAGCGGUUAAGACAAGGGCAUCGUAACCAAAGCCAACAAAAUCGGCAAAGGUUGGCGGCCAGCUCGCUCGUAUAAUUGUAGUUGUGGAACAAAUUCUUCUGGAAUACGGACUAUACACUGAGGCCCAGUGUACACAAAAUGUUCUUGUGCACUUUAAAGAACCCAGUACAUCUGUUUAGAUGAUAAAGGGGUUACCCCGGUGUACUGGACACUUGACCCCUGUCAUGGACAGAUGAAAGUGCACUGGUUUACUGGCUGCUGAGGAAAUGAAGUGACCCUUAGGGGAGGCGAAAAUUAUUGAACAGUGUAACAUCUAGUCCUAUUGCACAUGUCAAGCAGUCCACGUAUCAAGCGCCAUGAGCAUCUAGUUUGAUGGAUACCGGCGCUAUACGAAUCUAUGCUUUUAUAAUUAUUAUUAUUAGUAGUAGUACAAUCAAUCUGCCAAAUGAUUUCAACUGUAUUGUACUUCCUGUAGAACCCUACAACAACAUAUUAAAAAUCUAAAGAAAAAAAAACAUUUAGUGGAAGUCACUUUAAAUUGCUUUUGGUGUCAAAUUUUUCAGAAUGUGUAUAUUCCUAUUCAGUCUCAUGGGAAAUGUGGUCUGAACAUUAUUAAGGCUACAGUCACACUUGAGUCUCAAGCCUGGCUUGGCUCACCGCGGGUGAGAUUUCAAGCCAGGCUCGAAAUUCUGGGUCGGUCACACUACCUGAAUUUAGUUGGAUUGACCUCCAAAUUAGGAAAGCCGAAACAGGAAGUUAGAGUGCCGCCACAAUCAAA